UAGAAAAGUCACCGACGAGAAACUCCCUCUUAAUCAAAUCCGUCUAUGCGUGUUUAUUUUAUUAGUGGUCAAAACACCGUGGACGGCCACUCCCGCAAUUCCUCAGCUCCAAAGUCCAACCCAACCCAACCCAGCCCAAACACACAACACAACACGUAAAAAAGAAACGCAAUAGAUCGGCGUCAAAUUCCAUUCUCUCUUUCAAUCCCGAUCUUGCCUCAUCCGUUGUCUGAGGAAGGUCAGUACAUACACCAUGGUUAUUGACAGCAUUUUGUCUUCUCCUGUCCGAAGGACAGCAUCAUUCAGAAAACAAUUUUCACAGAAUGAGUUAGGUAGCUGGUCAACGCUCCUUCAAAGGCACCGAUUCCUAUUAACAGCCCUUGUUCUCCUGACAUUCCUCUGCACUGUGUAUCUUUACUUUGCUGUCACUUUAGGAGCCAAUGGGUCAUGUUCUGGGAUGAGUGGAACUGAAAAGGCAUUGUGUCAUUUGGAGCAUGCUAAGACUUCAGUUUCCCAUGGAAAAUUGAAAUUUUUUUAGUAUGUAGAUGAUAAAAACUUUCGGGAGUUUAAUUUUUUCUUGAUUCCUCCUAUCAAUUAGUGGGAAUCAAAUAUUCAAACCAUACUUCUAAAUUUGUAGUGGCAUUUGUGAUGUUGCUUAAUUGAUUGAUCGAGUUAAAUAUACGUAAUAUUUGUGUCAUGGAAACUCUGGCUAACGUUGGUGAUCAUUUUGAUCCAAA